CUAAGAUAGUAGCGCUCGAGAGAGUGUGAGUUUGGCGUUUCAGCGGUUUGGUUUUCUUCCGGGUUUCAAACAUGGCGUGGAGGAGCAGCUCAGCGUUAAUACCGUUUGUAUCGAGCGGAGGACGAUGUGUCCGGAAUCCCGUCGGUGGAUGUCGCAGGUGGAGCCACAGCUUCCAGCAGCGAUGCGGCUUCAGGAAAGCAGCCAGGAAACCUGAGUCCAGGAAGGCUGAAGAAGAGCUUGGGUCCACCUACACAGAGCCCUCCGCGCACCGUAGGACUGCUGCCCCCAGCUGGGACUUGCAGGCUCCGCCCAGCUCACCACCAACUUUCAGAAGGCUGCUCAGACCUUUGGUGUUCACUGUGGGGGUAGGCUGCUCCUCGGUUCAGCGGCGGUUUUGGCAGUACGAGUCCCUGAAGUCCCGAGUGCAAAGUUUACUUGAUGCCAUUCAAGCUGAUUGGCUGGAGAAGGUGCGACCUUCAAAACAUGGAGGCCUCCGCAAAGAGAUUAAUCGAUGGUGGAACAGUUUGAGUGAAGGUCAGCGCACCGUGACAGGGAUCAUUGCUGCCAACGCGCUGGUCUUCUGCUGUUGGAGAGUCCCGUCCUUGCAGCGCUCCAUGCUGAAGUACUUCACCUCCAACCCCACCUCCAGGGCGCUGUGCUUACCCAUGUUGCUAUCCACAUUCAGCCAUGUCUCAUUCUUGCACCUGGCCGCCAACAUGUAUGUCCUCUGGAGCUUCUCCAGCAGUGCUGUGUCCAUGCUGGGACGAGAACAGUUCAUGGCCGUCUAUUUGUCUGCAGGGGUCAUUUCUACCUUCGUCAGCUAUGUGUGUAAGACGGCCACGGGGAGGUUCGGCCCGUCACUGGGAGCGUCUGGAGCCAUCAUGACCGUCCUGGCUGCUGUUUGUACCAAAAUGCCAGAAGCCAGAUUGGCCAUCAUCUUCCUCCCCAUGUUCAGCUUCACCGCCGCUAACGCUCUGAAGGUAAUUGUUGCCAUGGAUACAGCUGGUGUGGUGCUGGGGUGGAGGUUUUUUGACCACGCUGCCCACCUUGGAGGAGCCGUGUUUGGAAUCUGGUACAUCCUGUUUGGCCAUGAGAUGAUCUGGAAGAAUCGUGAACACUUCCUGAAGGUUUGGCACGAGCUACGAACCCGAGGUGGACCAGGCGGUCGUGGCGGCGGAGGAGGCUCCGCCUAGUACCAG